GACUGGUAACCCCUCUUGCGCAAAGCGUCCAACCUGGCAUUAGUGAUGAAGAAUCCACAAGCUCGUUAAGUUUUCCAUCAUUGCUUCUGUAAAAUGCCGAAAAUACCUGAAUUGCCCGGAACACCCGUUCCUUACGAGCAACAGUCGUGGCUUCAAAGCCAAGUCAGCGCUCUCUGCGAAGUUGGGGGUAACAGAUUUCCUGGGGCGCAACCCGUCAGUUUUAGUAAAAAAGACUUGGAAAGGCUAGAGAACCAGGAUUUUUGGAUUUGCGAGAAAUCCGAUGGGCUCAGAGUCCUUCUGUUCGUGCACACCAACUUACAGACGAAAGAACAAGCCGUUUAUCUAAUUGAUCGCCACAAUACCUAUCGCCUCGUCGAAGGUCUAUUCUUUCCUCACCAUGAAAACCCGAUGAACCCUCUGCGUAACACGAUUGUCGACGGUGAAUUGGUUGUGGACACAGAUCCACGGACUAACGCCGAUACUGUGCGGUAUUUGGUUUUCGAUUGCUUGGUUGUGGAUCAUCAGAAUGUCAUGAAGAGACCUCUCGAUAAACGAUAUGGUAGGCUUAACGAAUGGUUCUAUAAACCUUACGCGAGGAUGAUGAGAGAUCAUCCUCAUAUGAUGCAGUCCCAACCUUUCGAGAUCAAAAUCAAGCCAAUUCAAGCAGCCUACAACGCGGAGCAAGUGUUCAACAACGAAAUACCAAAUUUACAACAUGGUAACGAUGGACUCAUUUAUACUUGUGUGAAUACCCAUUAUUCUCCGGGGACGGACCCUAAUAUACUCAAAUGGAAACCGCCAUCCGAAAACUCGAUAGACUUCAAACUUUUACUUCGCUUUCCUCCUUCACCCACAGACCCCAUCAAACCGGAUUUUCAUGCAAAACCUGUGUUUUUGUUGCAAGUCUGGUGCGGUGAUCAAGGCGGCAUCUCGAAGUAUGAACAAUUUGACGAUAUGUAUGUUACCGAUGAUGAAUGGGAAAGCAUUAAACGCUCGGGGGAGCAAUAUGACGACCGGAUAGUGGAAGUAUGUUGGGACUCCAACAUCGAACGAUGGCGCAUGAUGCGCUUUCGAGACGAUAAGCCCAACGGGAACCACAAGAGUAUCGUACUGAAAAUCAUUGAGAGUAUUGCUGAUGGUGUUGAAAAAGACACUCUUCUCUCCCGUUGUAAUACCGUACGAGUAGCUUGGAAGGCUCGUGUGGGUCAGCAGGCUGCCACACAGGAUGUUCAUAAUGCCAGGACAGCGCCCAACAAACCCCGCACAGAUCCCAUCCCGCAAGCUGAAAUUCGCUUUGGCCCACUGGCAACGCCACCUUGGAGCAAAGUUUCUGGACCGCCAACAGUGAUGGGUUUCAUACGAUAAACAUCAACGGCUUUUUUUCGCUGUGGCAGGGGGGCCAAAAGGUUCAUUCCUCGCAACGAUUCGCGUUCCUGUGCGACACCAAGAGCAUACGUCGUGUGCGUUAGCGCGCCGCAUUUGGGAGGUUGACCGCGUCACGCUGUAUCGUCCGCGGCGUCGAGGGGACGUGUCUACUGAUGGUCCCCUUUCCUCGAUUUCUAUCUGUUCCGCUGGAGUUUGUUGGGCUUGGGAUGUUCACGGGUGAGGCAUGUAGAAAUUAUCAUUUUAAUCUAAUAAUUUAUAGAUGAUAUUUGUGUGUAACUUAUCCACUCGUUUUUUAAGAACGACAUCAUUGUGUUGGGG